AUGCGUCUGGUGGGAGAUAAAUAUGAAGGCUCUUCGCCGCACAAUCUCAAAGGUGAUGUAUCGCGCAUGAUGGCACCGGAAUUCCUAAAGACCGCCUUCAGCAGCAAAAGACCAACUAUCACUCGUCUCAAUGACGAUACCAGUUGGCUCGUGUCUAUUCCGCAUCCUGAUGACGAUGGUGUCUCAGGUGGUCCGUCGUUUUUCAACUUUCUCGUCGAUCCAUGGUUUCAUACUAAGCAAGUGAUCAUUUCAGAGUGGUUUCUGGUCCAAUGGCACGUACACGAAAGUCGUAUCUCGAGCAUCGCAGACCUGGAAGAAUUUUUGCAACACACCAUCGGGCAGAAGCGACACCCGGCUACGAUCUCUGUCCCAACAUCGUACAUAGAUGCUGUUAUCGUUUCUCAUGACACCACGGACCAUUGCCAUAAGGAGACCCUCAAGCAAGUCUCAGCCGCGGUCCCCAUCUUUGCCAGCCCUUCGGCAGCAAGGGAAAUAUCAUCCUGGAAACACUUCCGUACGGUCGUGAGCCUUCCACAGGGAAAUCAAGCUAAGUUUGAUUGGCGAACGGCCAACUUACAUCCAUUGCCGGGGUGGCUUGGCAUGAAACACCUGUCCCAAGGAGAGCAUUUCGACUCACUCUAUGGAGGAAUAGCGUUAUACUUCACCAAAAGCGCCAGUUCUCUAGGAGUAGAAGCACUGAUCUAUGCUCCGCAUGGUAUAAAGGCUUCCGCAGCGACCUGGCUUGGAGCGGCGGAACCCAAAGUAGAGCUCGUCGCGCUCAUUUACCCUUGGACUGAGGCAAAGAUAAUGGGCCUGGCGGCAACUUAUGGACGCGAAGAGGGAGAAAAGCUCCUCUUAGGUACAAAAUCCAGGUACUGGAUCGAUACGCACGAUGGAGAAAAGAUAUCCUCAGGGAUUUUAAGCUGGUUCCUGGCGAAAAGAUGCAGAAUCGACUCGCACGCAGAGAGUCCAGGCACAGGAAACAAAGUCUCCAACCUCCAAGGCGCUAUCCUGAAGACCCUACAUGAAGGGGAGACUCUGACACUAUAGCCGACCUAGAUAGCACUCCCGUAUGUCUCAAGAACAUUUUCCAUCGCCAGCCAUCACCUCAAUGAUGGCGAAACUCUUCUCUGAGAGGCGAUGAACAACCAUA